AUGAUACUUUGCCACGUUUCCAAUAUUGGAGCUCGUAGUGUAUUUAAACUGAUAGAUAUGGAUAAAAAAUACAAACUAGUUAAACCUAAUUCUGUAAUAAUUGAUUGUGGGGCAUCUCCUGUUGAUUUAUUGCCAAUUGAGAUGAUUCCAAAUGUGAAAAUAAUACAAGGAGAUUUUACAACAUUUGAAACACAAAAUAAAAUUAUAAAAAUGUUGGGUGAUAGAAAAGUUGAUGUUGUUUUGAGUGAUAUGUCGCCUAACUCUUCUGGUCAACAUUUUAUAGAUCAUGUUAGAUCAAUGGAAUUAUGCGAGUCCACUUUAAUUUUUGCUGAGCAAGUAUUGAAAUCUGAUGGAACUUUGCUUUGUAAGUUCUUGAUGGGAGGCGACGAGAAAGAAUUUAGAGAGAAAUUGAAAAGUAAAUUCAAAAAAGUUAUUCAUGAAAGACCAUUGGCUUCGCGUAAAGAAUCAACGGAAUUAUAUUAUGUUUGUCUAAAGUACAUUCAUUAA